GUUACUACCGUUUGUCAGAACCACUGGACACCGGUACCCAUCCCUAAUUAUGACUAUAUCCUGUUAUUUUUGCACUUACAGUGUGUGUGAGAGAGAGCGACAGAGAUUGAGAGAUGCCAUGUUUGCUCAGGUGUAACAGGGCUCUGAAGGUGCCCCCCUAAAAAACUGCCCUGGGGCCUUUCGUGGAGUUACUACAUUUGUGCACAUUAAUCUUUUGAAACCUCAGGGUGUACGCAGGGUGUGACCUCAUGUGCACAUUUCUACAGAUGUAACUACAGGUCGUGUUGACACAGCUCUAUUAUUAGCCCUUCCCAACUACUUUAUCCUAGUUUUGGAAUUCAUCAGUGAGAAAAAAAAAGUAAUAUAGAAAUUCACAGAUGUCAGCAAAUUCCUGCAAGUGCAAUAAAAAAAUUGAGUCACCACAGCAAAACUGGGACCCGUGAUGGAACAAAAUCCCAGCAUCUCAUUUGCUUCUUCUGCACGAAACACGAGGUAAUUAACAGCACGCACACACGUGAACGCUGGCGACGGGGGACGGUCACCCACUGGUGACGCAGCGUUCUACAAAGAUUCACCCCAGAGGUCUAAAUCAGUCACCGUGCUGCAGCGCAGUACGAGGAAGUGCGCGUGUCCGUGAGCCAGUGCAUUUCUCUUCAUUUCCUGAAUCCCGCUCCUGAUAUUCACAGUGACAUGGGAGAUCCACGCGCUCCAACCAAGUGAGGAGAAACUGGGAAAUGAGGCGCGGAGAUCAGCUCCUUACCUUUGCGGUCUGACGUCUUCCACCAAUGGGCUGAGGCCGUGGGUGGGGCCAGGAUGAGUGCGGAUCUGCUGUUGGAGGAGUUGCUGAUCAAGCGUUCGCAGCAGAAGAAGAGGACGUCGCCGCUUAACUACAAGGAGAGGCUGUUCGUCCUCACCAAGAGCCGGCUGACAUACUAUGAUGGAAAAGCUGAGAAGAAGUUCAAGAGGGGCUCCAUCGAACUGAGUCGCAUCAGAUGUGUGGAGGUCGUCAAGAAUGGAGGAGGGGUCAUCCCCUGCCAGAACAAAUACCCCUUUCAGGUGGUGUAUGAUAGCAACACCCUCUAUGUAUUUGCUCCAAGUCACGACAGCAGAAGCCGAUGGGUCCAGAGCCUCAAAGAUGAGAUCAAAGACAACCCAGAGGUCUUGGUGAAAUUUCACCCUCAGUUCUGGCAGGAUGGGCUGUGGCUCUGCUGCCGCCAGGCAGAAAAACAAGCACUGGGGUGUGAGCAGUACAACCCGUUAGAAGACAUUUCCAGAAAACCUCUGCCCCCGAUUCCUGGAGAGAAGAACUGCAAGCCUGUAGUCACUCCUACUUCUCCUGCAGCGUCGGAAUCCUCCUCCCGCCCCCCGACCCCCCAGGGUGAGGACGAGGACGAUGAGGAGGAUGAGGAAGAGGAGGUGGUGGUGGCUAUGUACGACUUCCCCGGCAUGGAGCCUCAUGAUCUGAGUCUGGUGAAAGGGGAAGAGUAUGUUAUCGUGGAUAAGUGUGAUGUCAACUGGUACAGGGCACGCAACAAGUAUAAUGAGGAAGGAUACAUUCCAAGUAACUAUGUAACGGAGAAAAAAUCCGGAAACUUGGUCCAAUAUGUCUGGUACAAUAAAAAUGUCAACAGGAAUAAAGCUGAGGAGCUGCUAAGGAAGGAGGAUAAAGAAGGAGCCUUCAUUAUUAGAAACUCCAGCACCCCAGGAACCUACACUGUUUCGCUCUACACCAAGUCUUCAGGGGAUGGAGGUGCAGCUAUUAAACAUUACCACAUCAAGGAGACGCAAACCUUACCAAAGCAGUUCUACCUGGCUGAAAAACACCUCUUCAGCUCCAUCCCGGACCUGAUUGAAUACCACAAACAUAAUGCAGCAGGUCUUGUAGCCAGGUUGAGAUAUCCUGUUGGAAAACAAGACAAAUCAGCUCCAUCCACUGCUGGCUUCAGCUAUGAAAAGUGGGAGAUCGACCCCAAUGAGCUAACCUUCAUGAAGGAGCUGGGCUGCGGUCAGUUCGGAGUAGUGAGGCUCGGCAAGUGGAGAGCUCAACACAAAGUGGCCAUCAAGGCAUUAAAGGAGGGAGCCAUGUAUGAGGAGGACUUCAUAGAGGAGGCCAAGGUCAUGAUGAGACUGUCCCACCCCAAACUGGUGCAGUUGUAUGGGGUGUGCAGCCAGCAGCGGCCAAUCUACAUUGUCACUGAGUUCAUGGAGCAGGGCUGCCUGUUGAACUACCUCAGGCAGCGGCGGGGCAGCUUUAACCAGGGAUGCUUGCUGAGUAUCUGUUUGGAUGUCUGCGAGGGCAUGGCGCACCUGGAAGCCAACGGCUUCAUCCACAGAGACUUGGCAGCCAGAAACUGUCUGGUAAACGACUCUCUGGUGGUGAAAGUGUCUGACUUUGGCAUGGCCAGAUACGUGUUAGAUGAUCAGUACACCAGCUCAUCAGGCGCCAAGUUUCCUGUGAAGUGGUCACCUCCUGAAGUCUUUAACUUUUGCAAAUACAGCAGCAAGUCGGACGUCUGGUCAUACGGUGUGUUGAUGUGGGAGGUCUUCACAGAGGGUCGGAUGCCAUUUGAGCAAAGUCCCAACCAUGAGGUGGUGACAUUAGUUACACAGGGUCAUCGACUGUACAGGCCCAAAAUGGCCAAGCCCGUCAUCUAUGAUAUCAUGCAGAUGUGCUGGUAUGAGAGGCCAGAGGACCGUCCAUCAUUCGCCAGUCUUUGUGUAAUGAUCUCUGAUGCUCUGGAGGACGACGAGGCAACUCUAAACUGACCAAUCAGCUGCUUGCAUCCUCCAUGGCUGCCAUUCAGGAGCCACAUCUAAAAUGCAAUGAAAUGGUGCUUAUUGUGUCUGGAAUGGACUGAUGAACUAAAUGUGGAGGAAGGACCAGUCGCACCAGCUCUAAACUCAUUCUCCGUUCACUAAAUCACAUCAGCUCGCACCCAUGAACACCUGCACCAGCAGUACUAAAGACUAAAGUUCACAACACAUGUUGGUGGUAUUUCAAGAUGACUCACCAGCAUGAACUGACAGCAACAAUGAAAACACAUAAAAACAGGCUCUGCAUGUACGAUGCAUUAUCUGCUGACAUGUUUCCUCCCACUCAGACACGAACAGGAAGCCGUUUGGUCAGAGACCUGUCAGCAAGAAAAAGCCACAGAAAAUAUUUUUUUGUCAGGCUCAAGUUUCCCCUAACUUUAUACUCAUUUGUGUCAGCCGUUGCUGUGACAUCCAUGAGGCCUACAGCAACCCAUCUAGUGUUAGUGUUGGGUUUGUUCUGAGCCCAUGCUAAAUAAACACAUUUUCAAAUA